CUUGCACUCUGGCGGGAUGCAGGAGAUGCAGACAGUCCUUAAGAAAUCUUUUGGAGCCAAAAGCCCAAAUUCCACUGCUUAAAUCCAGGAGGAACAGAAAGCUGUAAGAGUCAGUUAUGGCUACCUCCAGCAGUCUAAAACUCUCUGAAGAUCAGCUCCAGUGCUCUAUCUGCCUGGAAGUGUUCACGGAUCCAGUCUCUACUCCAUGUGGACACAACUUCUGCAUGGUCUGUCUCAGAAGUUACUGGGCAAGCAGUUCUCACUGCCAGUGUCCAUUCUGUAAGGAACAAUUCUCUCGUAGGCCUGAACUUAGUGUAAACACAUUCAUCUCUGGACUGGCUGCUCAGUUCAAGAAGUCAGCUGAGUUUAAAUCUCCAGACGAACCUCCCUUUAAACGUAAGAGGGUGUUAUGCGACUACUGCAGUGGGGUAAAGCUUGAUGCACAAUCAUCCUGUCUGGACUGUGGGCUCUCUUACUGCAACAAUCAUCUUAUACCUCACAAGACCGUGGCAAACCUCAAGAAACACAAGUUGAUGGAUCCUGUGGAGAACCUGGAGGACUACAUCUGCCAGAAACAUGAGAGACCCCUGGAGCUGUUCUGUAGAGAUGACCAGACGUGUGUGUGUCAGUUCUGCAUUGAAACAGACCACCGGACUCACAGCACUGUUCCUAUAGAAAAGGAGAGUGUGAAACUUAAGAGUCAGCUGUGGAAGACGCAGGAGAAAGUUGAGCAGCUGGUCCAGGGCAAAAAGAAGAAGAUUGAGAAAGUCAAACGCUCUCUGAAACACAGUAAAAAAUGCAUAGAGAAAAAGGAAGCAGACAGUGUGGAGAUCUUCAGGGCUCUGGUGGGCUGUAUUGAGAGAAGCCAGGCUGAGCUGCUGGAGGUGAUGGAGGAGAAGCAGAAAGCAGCAGAGAGCGAGGCUGAGGAGUUUAUUAAGGAGAUGGAGCAGGAAAUCACUGAGCUAAAGAGGAAAAACACUGAGCUGGAGCAGAUCUCCCACACUGAGGAGCACCUUCACUUCCUUCAGGUGUACCAGUCCAUCUGCCACCAUCCACCCACCAAGAACUGGACUGCACGCAGUGUUAACCCUCAUCCGAGUCUGAGGAGAGCCCUGACUCAGCUUCAGGAAACUCUCAGUGAGGAGAUUGAGAAGCUUGAUGAGACUGAGUUAAGAAGAAUCCAGAAAUAUGCAGUGGAUGUGAUUAUGGAUCCUGUUACAGCUCAUCCUGAUCUUAUCAUUUCUUACGAUGGAAAACAAGUUAGGGAUGGAGACACAGUACGGAAUCUCUGUGGCAGUUCCCAGAAGUUUGAUGAAUAUAUUGGUGUGGUGGGAAAGGAGGGUUUCUCCUCUGGGAGAUUUUACUAUGAGGUGCAGGUCAAAGGGAACAGUGAGUGGGAACUGGGAAUUACCAAAGAGUCCAGUAACAGGAAGGGGAAGAUUAAAAUGAGCCCUGAAAAUGGAUACUGGACUAUGUGUCUGCGAAAUGGCACUGAAUAUAGAGCUUUGGACAAUCCUUCUGUGCCUCUGUCUUUGAGUCAGCCUCCCCAGAAGGUGGGGGUGUUUGUGGAUUAUGCUGCAGGUCUGGUGGCCUUCUAUGAUGUUGGGGCCAGGACCCAUAUCUACUCUUUUAAUGAGCAGGCUUUUACUGAGAAACUCUAUCCAGUCUUUAGUCCAUCUGUAUUUAAUGAAGAUGAGAUUCCUGAUCCACUUAUGAUUACUCCUGUUAAACAAUGUACAUUAAAUCCUUUCAUGUAAAAAAAUAGAAAAAUCUCUUGCUUUAGUGUAUGUGUAUAGUGUGCACACUAAGGGUAUAACAGUUUGUGUAUUCUUUACGAUAAGGGGGUCACAGUUCCGUUCGCACAAACGCAUGCAGAAUACACGGUACAGGCAGUAUAUUGAAGACUUAUGGAACCUAUGAACGUAAUGCGGAACUAAUGGAGGGUUUCAUCGGGAAAGUGUAGCUCUAGCACUGCUGCUAUUAGCAACUCGCUACUGAUUUAGCCUGCCCUGAGAAGACUGAAAGGCUUGAGCAUACAAACAGAGGGCAUGCUCAGAAAUGCAGAUAAUUCACUUGUACUGUCUCUCUCUCUCUCUCUCUCUCUCUUGUUCUCUCUCUGAGAAAAUAGAAUAUAACACAAAAUAAUUAGACUGCUGUCUGGCUAAACCACACUACACUAUUCCAGCAUUAAACAUGAAUCAUGAUUUUAAUUCAUUUUUAAGUGAUUGACACCACUAAUAUAAUUGAAAUUUAAUCUUUAUAAUCUAAUUGUAGUUAAAGCAGUUAAAGUAACGCUAUUGUUUUUGUUCUUAGUAAAGUAGCACAAUCAUGCUUGUUUUGUUUGUUCCUCUCAUAAUGACAGCAGACCCUGGUUUUAAGCAUUUAAUGAAAGAGCUGAGGAUAUACAGAAUGCUCAGCCUUAUUUUUUCCACCCACCGUACUGAAAACAUACCAAACCAAUGGGGUUUAUACCGAGGUGUGAACCGAAUCGUGAUUUUUUUUUUUGUUCCGUUACACCCCUAGUGCAUACACGUACAGGCCUUUUUAAAAGUACUGGAAAGAGACAGACUAUUUUUUUUUUUUUUUUUUUUUUUGCUGUACGUUAUAGAUAUUGACUCGAGAUCACCAAACUGUAUAUUUUUAUAUUUAGAUUUACACAUUUAGAUGUAAAAACUUAGAAUAUAGCACAUUUCUUUUAAACUUUUAAUGUGAGCUAAAUACUGUAACAUGUCAGUUAUGUUUUGUUGUCCUGUUUUAUUGUUUAAAGAUUAAACUGCUCUAAAUGUCUACUACUGUUUUAAGCCCUGGGUUUUGCCUGUGAAGAUUUUGCCUUUUGCAGGUUUUUGGUUGAAAAGAUACACCAACAUGAAGACCAGAGAGACCAGCAAACUCCAAACUGGUGUUCUUUUUUUUAUAGGGCAGGCCUGCUUUAACCAACCCAUCCAAUCUCAUCACAUCCUGGCUCCAAUUACCUCCUAAAAAAUGCAUAGAGUUUCACAUACUUUUUACCCCAUCACUGUGAAUGUUAACAUGUUGUGUUCAAUAAAACCCAUGCAAACAUA